AAUGGGAUUUGAGAGCUACGUGGUGGUUCACAACAUUGCCAAAAGGCACAACGUUGGCACGCUUGCUCGAAGCGCCACUGCCUUCGGUGUUUCGGAGCUCAUCCUAGUCGGUCGCCGUGAUUUCAACUCCUUCGGCAGCCAUGGCUCCGAGAAAGACUUCGAUAUUUGUGGAGUGGAGAUCACCGAGAAUGCCAUGCCCGUGAACCAGCAUCCUUUCAAAAAAAGCACGGCUUUCCUACUCGGCAACGAGGGUACAGGCCUUUCUGCUAAAGAAUGUGAGAUAUGUGACUUCUUUGUAUAUAUCCCACAAUAUGGAGGUGGCACUGCUUCUUUGAAUGUUACUGUUGCUGCUUCAAUUGUUCUGCAUCAUUUUGGAGUCUGGGCAGGUUUUGGAGAGAGAUCUCGUGAUGGGAACAAAUUUGUUGUGGCUGAGAGACCUGUAAAGCAGGUUCGACGAAAUUUCUGCACUGAAACAGAAGAUGAUAUCGUUGAAGAACGUAAAGCUAGAAGAGAAAAUGCUGCCAAUGGUUUCUUUGAUGAGAACGAAAACAACAAUUCAUCUUCAAACAUGCUUGAUGCAUUAUUUGUUGAUGGCUGACAAAUUGGUAACAAUGAUCUUUCCUCUUUGGGAUUUAGAUGCUUCAGUUGUGGCAGAGCUGAACCGGCACCUUACUCGUGUGUGUGGAUUCAAGGAACUGACUGUUCGCUGCUACCAUUGAAAGGUAGCUUGAUAUUUGGGACUCUCAGAAAAACAGAAAAGCCAUUAGCUGGGGAAGGUUUCUACGGCAUUAGUUAUACAUUGUGUACUAAUUUUAUGGUGUGUCUGCUGUAACUUCCUCUGGUUACAGGGCAAUACUUAACAGUAAAACCACUGUUUCACAUUUUAUUUAGAAAUCAUAAAUGAUUGUUUUGUCCUAUUUUACCAAACAGUAAUAAAUAAUCAAAAUUGAGACCGGGGGCAUGUUAGCAAUUAGUA